AUGGCAAGCAUGGACGCGAAAGACGAUCCGAGCCACGCCAAGCCUGCACUUCCCCUCCUCCUCGCGCCCGCCGCGCUCUACCUCUUCUCGGUCUCGCUCCUGUUUCCCAUCUUUCCGUCGCUCCUGAAGUUCGCUCUGCCCGCUGGAGUGCCCGAGCGUGGCGCGGAGACCACCGCGCUGUACGGCUUGCUGCAGCAGAUUAAGGCCGUCCUCGACCUCUUUACGCUGCCAGUGCUCGGCAGGGUCAGCGACUAUGUCGGCCGCAAGCCGGUGACGCUCUGGUGUCUCGUGCUCGCCCUGCUGCAGCUGCUGCUCAUCACGCCGCCCUCACGAACGGGCGCCGCGCCCGAGACGUACCACGCCUGCCUCGUCGCCUCGCGCGUGCUCGGCGGCAUGAGCGACGGCGUGCUCGUGCUGCUGUUUGCCUCCCUGACAGACGUGGCGGACGGCGCGGCGCUGCCGGUCCUCUUCGGGAGGGUGGGACUCGUGUUUGGCUGCGCGUUCACGCUGGGCCCGCUCACCGCCGCCCUCCUCCUCGCCCGGACGGAGACCCUCCUCGCCGCGCGACGCUCGCGCCUGCCCACGUCGCUGACGGCGCAGUUUCUCCUCUCCUUCUCUCCCGUCUACCAGUUGCAGCAGGCGCGGGGCCGCGCGGGACUGGCGCACACCGUCUCGCACAACCGAGAAGACACGGACCCACGCCCACACCAGGUCUGA